GAGAAGCACAUAGCCAAAUAACGGCUUGAAACAUGGCGGACGACCUGGACGCCCAAAUCAGGGCCGCUCAGGCAGCUCGCAAAAAGGAGAAGACGGCAGACAAGGCAUCAUUGGUUGGAGAUGUUAGUUACGAUCAGGAUUUGUACGGCGGCCGAGGGGUGGAAAGGUUUGAAGGUUACACCACAUCCAUUCCAGUGAACGACGAAGACGAGGAAGACGAUAUGUUUGCAAAGAAAGCCAAAAAGUUGUCCUCUUACACUGCACCAAAACAAGUUUUCGAGGAGAUGGCCAGUAUGGAAGAUGAUGUGGACCCUAUGGAGAAUUUUCGACCUUCCCGCCGCAUUGCGGACAGAGAGUCAGAGUAUCACGCUCGUCGGUUGAAUCGUCAGCUAUCUCCGGAGCGAAUUGAUGCAUUUUCCGGACAGCCAGCCAAUUCAGAAGCUAGGUCUUACGCUGAGGUCAUGAGAGAGGCAGAAUUGGACCGCGAGCAAGCUCAGUUGCAACGGAAGAUACAGGAGAAGAAAAAGGAAGAAGAAGAAAAUAUGAAAGAGUUGGCGUCGUCCGGGGAACUUCAAAUUCGGGCACAAGCUCAAGCUGCUGCCAUGGUGGAGAAAGCAAAGGCUGCAGCCGCGGCGGCCGCAGCCAGCGCGGAUGGUCCAAAAAAACGGAGAUGGGAUCAGAAUGGAGAGGGGAAGACGUCGGAAUGGGAAGAAGAUGAAAAAAGUACAGGCGGGAAGAGCCGAUGGGAUGAAACUCCAAAAGAAGAAGUACCCGCCCGAAAGCGGAAUAGAUGGGAUGAAACACCGGUCGACGCAUCCGCAUCUGCCUGGGACGCUACGCCUAAAAAGCAAAGUGGAGCCGCAACACCCGGUGGGAAACGUUCACGUUGGGACGAAACGCCUGUCGGCAUUACCAAUCAGUUCGCCGCAACUCCAGUCGGAAACAUGGGUCUUAUGACUCCCACACCGGGACAGAUCCCUGUUCCUAUGACACCAGAAGCUGUUAACGCCAUGCGAUGGGAGAAGGAAAUCGACUACCGGAAUCGAUAUCUUACUGAUGAAGAACUGGAUGCAAUGUUUCCCACUGAAGGUUAUAAAAUUCUCGAACCUCCGGCUACGUAUGUUCCUAUACGCACUCCAGCACGAAAGCUCAUGGCCACUCCCACUCCUAUGGCGGGGCAAGCCGGGGGAUUCAUGAUGCAGGAGGAGGAUAGAAAUCAAAUGUACGAUGUACCACCGGAAAUUCCAGGUGUCGGCGGUUUGCAGUUCUUCAAGCCGGAGGAUAUGCAGCACUUUGGCAAGCUUCUGGAUCAGAAGGACGAAGCCGAGUUGAGCGUGGAUGAGCUUAAGGAGCGUAAAAUUAUGAGACUGCUUCUAAAAAUCAAAAACGGGACUCCGCCUAUGCGUAAAACCGCUCUCCGUCAGAUCACCGAUAAAGCCAGAGAAUUCGGCGCCGGCCCACUCUUCAACCAGAUUUUACCCUUGCUCAUGUCUCCCACUCUAGAAGAUCAGGAACGUCACCUGUUGGUUAAAGUCAUCGACCGUGUCUUGUACAAGCUGGACGAUCUUGUUCGUCCGUAUGUACACAAAAUUCUAGUCGUCAUUGAACCACUCUUGAUUGAUGAAGAUUACUAUGCCCGAGUUGAAGGUCGUGAAAUCAUCAGCAAUCUCAGUAAAGCCGCGGGAUUGGCGACGAUGAUUGCCACCAUGCGUCCUGAUAUUGACCAUGUCGAUGAAUAUGUACGUAAUACCACUGCUCGUGCCUUCUCGGUGGUUGCAUCAGCGCUCGGCAUCCCCUCCCUCCUGCCAUUCCUAAAGGCUGUGUGCCGAUCAAAGAAGUCUUGGCAGGCCAGACACACUGGUAUUAAGAUUGUGCAGCAGAUUGCCAUCCUUCUGGGUUGCGCAGUUUUACCUCAUCUGAAGAGUUUGGUUGAAGCGAUUGCCCAUGGGUUAGAGGAUGAACAGCAGAAAGUGCGGACAAUCACGGCAUUGGCCAUUGCUGCUCUUGCGGAAGCGGCUGCACCUUACGGUAUUGAAUCUUUCGAUAUUGUGCUGCGUCCUUUGUGGGCGGGUAUCAAGAAGCAUCGAGGAAAGGGUCUAGCAGCCUUCCUGAAAGCGAUCGGCUAUAUUAUUCCGCUUAUGGACGCCGAAUACGCCAACUACUACACUAAGGAGGUCAUGAUCAUCUUGAUUCGUGAGUUCCAGUCACCGGACGAAGAAAUGAAGAAGAUUGUGCUCAAGGUGGUGAAGCAAUGUUCUGCGACCGACGGUGUCGAACCCCAGUAUAUCAAGACGGAAAUUCUUCCCGAGUUCUUCAAGCACUUUUGGGUACGACGAAUGGCUCUUGAUCGCCGUAACUAUAAGCAAUUGGUGGAGACGACAGUCGAACUUGCCCAGAAGGUCGGCGUAGCUGAAAUAGCAAGCAAGAUCGUUGAAGAUCUGAAGGACGAAUCAGAACCCUACCGGAAGAUGGUUAUGGAGACCAUUGACAAAGUAGUUAGCCAGCUGGGCACUGCCGACAUUGAUCACAGGCUCGAGGUGACCUUGAUUGACGGUGUUCUAUAUGCAUUCCAAGAGCAGACUGUGGAGGACGUAGUCAUGCUUAACGGCUUCGGUACAGUUGUCAACUCGCUAGGUCUUCGUGUCAAGCCGUACUUGCAGCAGAUCUGUUCUACUAUCCUUUGGCGCUUGAAUAACAAGAGCGCAAAAGUUCGUCAGCAAGCAGCGGACCUAAUCUCACGAAUCGCUGUGGUGAUGAAGACUUGCGGUGAGGAGAAACUCAUGGGUCAAUUAGGUGUUGUGCUGUACGAAUACCUUGGCGAGGAAUAUCCCGAAGUGCUCGGGUCCAUCUUACGCGCGCUAAAAUCGAUCGUAAACGUCAUUGGUAUGAGCAACAUGACUCCCCCGAUCAAGGACUUGCUACCAAGGUUGACACCAAUCUUGAAGAAUCGACACGAAAAAGUCCAGGAAAACUGUAUCGAUCUUGUGGGACGUAUCGCCGACCGUGGUGCAGAGUUUGUUUCUGCUCGAGAAUGGAUGCGUAUCUGUUUUGAGUUGCUCGACAUGCUCAAGGCCCACAAGAAGGGUAUACGCCGUGCCACUGUGAAUACUUUUGGGUACAUUGCGAAAGCUAUUGGUCCACAGGAUGUACUAGCGACACUCCUCAACAACUUGAAGGUGCAAGAGCGUCAGAAUCGUGUCUGUACGACUGUUGCCAUUGCGAUUGUCGCCGAGACUUGCUCUCCCUUUACUGUGCUACCCGCACUUAUGAACGAGUACCGUGUACCCGAACUCAACGUGCAAAAUGGUGUGCUCAAAUCACUUUCCUUCUUGUUUGAAUACAUUGGGGAGAUGGGCAAAGACUACAUCUACGCCGUCACACCUCUCCUCGAAGACGCUCUCAUGGAUCGUGACUUGGUUCACCGUCAAACUGCUUGCACUACGGUCAAGCAUAUGUCGCUCGGAGUCUUCGGCCUUGGCUGUGAAGACGCUCUUUUACAUCUUCUAAACCAUGUCUGGCCCAAUAUCUUCGAAACGUCCCCUCACGUCAUCAAUGCAGUUAUGGAAGCUAUUGACGGACUACGAGUUGCAUUGGGACCAAGUGUUAUUAUGCAAUACGUAUUACAAGGAUUAUUCCACCCUGCAAGACGAGUACGGGAGAUCUACUGGAAGAUUUACAACAAUCUUUAUAUUGGCAGUCAGGAUGGGCUGGUGGCAUUUUAUCCGCGAAUCGAAAAUGAUCAGAGGAAUAUUUACGAACGAUAUGAGCUGGACCUGGUGAUCUGAUUUUGGCAUCAAGGCGAGAUGAUGCUUUUGUAUAUAGAUAUGAAUGGUGGCAACUUGUGUAAGGUGUUUUGGAUGGGAAAAUUGGGUUAUGUUAAUGCACUAAAAUGAAAUUCAUCGUGAUAUACGAUCCGUUCAGUACCAAUCACUCUUGAACCACCUGUCACGAUGCCUUGUCCUGUGAACGGUUGAAGAGAUGCUUACAUAGAAGGUACUAGCUGCACCGUGUUCCCUGACAUACGGACGAGGAUGGCUUUUACUAGCAAUAUAUCAUGGAAAAGUUCAGUUCAACGUACAUAGUCUG